UGGUGCAGACAUGGGCGCUGGCGGAGCAGGCUUCUUUGGGCCUGGGUGGCCCCUGUCUCUCCUGCUUCUGCUAGACACCGGAGGCAUGGCUCAGGACUCCCCGCCCCAGAUCCUAGUCCACCCCCAAGACCAGCUGUUCCAGGGCCCCGGCCCUGCCAGGAUGAACUGCAGAGCCUCAGGCCAGCCGCCUCCCACCAUCCACUGGCUGCUGAAUGGGCAGCCCCUGAGCAUGGUGCCCCCAGACAUACACCACCUGCUACCUGACGGGACGCUCCUGCUGCUGCGGCCCCCUGCUCAGGGACAUGCCUACGACAGCCAGAACCCAUCCACAGACCUGGGUGUCUACACGUGUGAGGCCAGCAACCGGCUGGGCACAGCGGUCAGCCGAGGCGCCAGGCUCUCUGUAGCUGUCCUCCGGGAGGAUUUUCAGGUCCAGCCUCAGGACACAGUGGCCACUGUGGGCAAGCAGGUGAUCUUGGAGUGUGUACCGCCCUGGGGCCACCCAGAGCCCACAGUCUCAUGGUGGAAGGAUGGGAAAGCCCUGGUCCUACAGCCAGGGCGGCACAUGAUGACCAGGGGCUCCCUGCGGAUGGCAAGAGCUGAGAAGAGUGAUGCAGGCACCUAUAUGUGCGUGGCCACCAACAGUGCAGGACAACGGGAGAGCCGGGCAGCCAGGGUGUCUGUCCAGGAGCCCCAGGACUACAAGGAGCCUCUAGAGCUUUUAGCUGUGCGCAUUCACCUGGAAAAUGUGACCCUGCUGAACCCGGACCCUGCAAAGGGCACCAAGCAUGGGCCUGCUGUGUGGCUCAGCUGGAAGGUGAGCGGCCCGGCCGCACCUGCUCAGUCCUACACAGCCCUGUUCAGGGCCCAGACUGCUGGAGGAGGCCAGGAAGGCCCAUGGGCCGAGGCCCCGCUGGCCGGAUGGCAGAGUGCAGAACUUGGGGGUCUCCACUGGGGCCAAGACUACGAGUUCAAAGUGAGACCCUCCUCCGGCCGCGCUCGAGGCCCUGACAGCAACGUGCUGCUCCUGCGGCUGCCUGAGCAAGUGCCCAGUGCUCCUCCACAGGAGGUGACCCUGAAAUCUGGCAAUGACAGUGUCCUUGUGAGCUGGGCCCCACCGCCUGCUGAAAACCACAAUGGCAUCAUCCGUGGCUACCAGGUCUGGAGCCUGGGUAACACCUCCUUGCCCCCAGCCAACUGGACGGUAACGGGUGAACAGAUGCAGCUGGAGAUCGUCACCCGAACGCCCGGUUCCUACUGUGUGCAAGUGGCUGCAGUCACUGGCGCUGGGGCUGGGGAGCCCAGUAGCCCUGUCUGCCUCUUUGUAGAGCAAGCCAUGGAGAGAGCUGCCCGAGAACCCACAGACCAUGGCCAAUGGACCCUGGAGCGGCUGAAGGCCAUCUUAAAGCGGCCAGAGGUGAUUGCCAGCGCAGGUGUUGGGAUCUGGCUGCUAUUGCUGGGCACUGCUGUGUGUGUCCGCUGCCGGCGCCGAGCGGGGGUACACCUGGGCCCAGGCCUGUACAGGUACACCAGUGAGGAUGCCAUCCUAAAACACAGGAUGGAUCACAGUGACUCCCCCUGGCUGGCAGACACUUGGCGGUCCACCUCUGGCUCUCGGGACCUGAGCAGCACCAGCAGCCUCAGCAGCCGGCUGGGAAUGGACCCUCGGGACCCACUGGACUGCCGUAGAUCUUUGAUCUCCUGGGAUCCCCGAAGCCCUGGCGUGCCGUUGCUUCCUGACACCAGCACUUUUUAUGGCUCUCUCAUUGCUGAGCUGCCCUCCACCCCCCCAGCCAGGCCAAGCCCCCAGGCCCCAGCUGUGAGGCGUCUCCCACCUCAGCUGGCCCGGCUCUCCAGCCCCUGGCCUAGUUCAGACAGCCUCUGCAGCCGCCGGGGACUCUCUUCUCCACGCUUCUCCCUGGCCCCCUCAGAGGCCUGGAAGGCCAAGAAGAAGCAGGAGCUGCACCAAGCCAACAGCUCCCCACUGCUCCGGGCCAGCCACCCUAUGGAGCUGCGGGCCUGGGAGUUGGGGCACAGAGCUUCCAAAAGCCUUUCCCAAAGCCCAGGAGCUGUGCCCCGAGCUCUGGUUGCCUGGCGGGCCCUGGGACCACAGCUCCUCAACUCUUCAAGUGAGCUGGCCACCCGCCCUCUCCCCCCAGUACCCCUCUCUCCUGGUGGAACCCCCAUGCAGAGUCAACAGCCCCACAGGUCCUCCACCGAGCCCCACACUCCCUCCUCCCUCCCCCUGGCAGCAGCCCCCCUCCCCAUGCUGGCCCCCUCCCAGCCCCCCAGCCCCUCCAGCCCCCAGGCCUCUUCCCUCUCUGGUCCCAGCCCAUCUUCCAGUCGUCUGUCCAGCUCUUCGCUGUCAUCGUUGGAGGAGGAUCAAGACAGUGUGCUGACCCCUGAGGCGGUGGCCCUGUGCCUAGAGCUCAGUGAGGGGGAGGAGACCCCCAGAAACAGUGUCUCUCCGAUGCCAAGGGCUCCUUCACCACCCACCACCUACGGGUAUAUCAGUGUACCGACAGCCUCCGAGUUGGCGGACAUGGGCAGAGCUGGAGGAGGCGUGGGGUCUGAGGUGAUGGGUUUGCUCUGCCCACCUCGGACCUGCCCCACUCCCACCCCCAGCGAGGGCUCCUUGGCCAAUGGCUGGGGUUCUGCCUCUGAAGAUAAUGCCCCCAGCGCCAGAGCCAGCCUCGUCAGCUCCUCCGACGGCUCCUUCCUAGCUGAUGCCCACUUCGCCCGGGCCCUAGCAGUGGCUGUGGACAGCUUCGGCUUAGGUCUGGAGCCCAGAGAGGCAGACUGCGUCUUCACAGAUGUCUCCUCACCUCCCUCCCCCCUGGACGACCUCUUCCUGACAUCUGCCCUCUCCCUGCCCCUGUGGGAGUGGAGGUCAGACUGGCCAGAGGACUUGGAGAAUUCCCACACGCAGCGUCUGGGUAGGGGCCGGCCUCCUUGGCCCCCCGACUCUCAGAUCUCUACCCAGAGAAGUCACUUCGGUGGUCCUGAGCCCAAGGGUGGCAACUCCUCCUGAAGUGUGUUCCUGAGCCCGCCAAGAACAGACUCAAAAUGACUCCCGUCAGCCCCCAGCUGGGCUAUGCAGCGUGGGUCUUGUCUUGAGGUCCUCGGUUGGGGUCCACCUUGGUCAGCCUCCAGGAGAGCUCUCCCUCCAGGAUUGUGAAAACAGAUGAGAACAAAGCAGACCUGAUGCCCUUGGGGGCACAGAAAGCCACCCCCACCUGACUCCCAGCCCUGCUUUUUCUUCUGUUCCAUUCACUCCCACAAACAGGUCUCAUCUAUCUAAGAGCAGCCCCAUCUCCUGGCCUCCCCACCCACGUGGACCUUGGGGAGUAGGGGAGCCAGAGGCCUUCCUGGAGGACAACAGUGACAUAGGAGAGAGGGCAGCAAAGGAAGAAGCUUCCAUAACCUCCCUCUUAUCCUUCUUUGGGCCAUUCCUGCAAUUUUCAACUCAACUCCAGAAACACACCAUGUAAAAAAAAGAAAAAAGAAUACGCUGAGCAGAGAGACUGCCUCAGGACCAAGGCAAGGGCUUCAAGAUGGACCUGGCAAGGAAGCUGAACGAAGGGAGAGAUGAAACUGUAGGACAAACACACCCUCAUACUGUUGUCACUCUCAGUUUAAGGAAUUUGAUACUAUAAAGCUGUAAUGACUUGA